AUGAUGCGCCCACCAAUCAUUUUGCUCAAGGAUGGAACUGAGAACAAACAAGGAAAGCAGCAAAUUAUUUCCAACAUCAAUGCCUGCCAGAUUGUUGCUGACAGCAUUAGAACUACUCUUGGUCCAAGAGGAUUAGAUAAGCUUGUUGUUGACAGCAAAGGAAACACAACUAUCUCUAAUGACGGAGCCACUAUCCUCAAGUUGUUGGAUAUCGUUUAUCCCGCUGCUAGUGUCAUGGUUGACAUUGCCAAAUCUCAAGAUGCCGAAGUUGGUGACGGAACUACUUCAGUUGUCGUUCUUGCCGCUGAAAUGCUCAAAAGAGUAAAGCCAUUUGUAGAAGAUGGAGUUCACCCACAAUUGCUCAUCAGAGCUAUCUCAAAAGCUAGCGAAGAGGUUUUGGCUCACCUUGAUGAACUUGCCGUUAAGAUCAACGGAGAGAAGGAAAUGAGAGAAAUGCUCAUUAAGUGUGCUGCCACUACUUUGAGCUCCAAACUUGUCAGCCAUGAACGCGAUUUCUUCGCCGAGAUGGUUGUUGAUGCCGUCAACACUUUGGAUGACAACUUACCAUUAAAUAUGAUUGGAAUCAAGAAAGUCAGCGGAGGAAACCUUUCGGAAUCUCGCUUGGUGAACGGAGUUGCUUUCCUUAAAGCCUUCAGUUACGCUGGAUUCGAAAUGCAACCCAAACACUAUGACAACCCAAAGGUUGCUCUUCUUAACAUCGAACUGGAAUUGAAGGCUGAAAAAGAUAAUGCCGAGAUGAGAUUGGCGUCUGUUGACGACUUCCAAUCUGUUGUUGAUGCUGAGUGGAAUAUCUUGUACGCCAAACUCCAAAAGAUCCAUGACAGUGGAGCCAAGAUUGUAUUGUCUAAACUACCUAUUGGAGAUGUUGCUACUCAGUGGUUCGCUGAUCGCGAUAUGUUCUGUGCUGGUAGAAUCCCUCAAGAUGAUCUCGAGAGAGUAAUGGCUGCUUGUGGAGGAUCUAUCCUCACCACCGUCUCUCAAAUUGACGGUUCAGUUCUCGGAGAUUGCAAGAAUUUCUACGAGAAACAAGUCGGAAGUGAAAGAUACAACUUCUUCGAAGGAUGCGCAAAAGCUAAAUCUUGCACUCUUUUGCUCAGAGGAGGAGCCGAGCAAUUCAUUGCUGAAACUGAAAGAUCUCUUCAUGAUGCUAUUAUGAUCGUCCGUAGAGCCAAGAAGAACGAUUCUGUCGUUGCCGGUGGUGGAGCUAUUGAAAUGGAAUUAUCUAAGCAUCUUCGUGCCAAGGCUAAGACCAUUGCUGGAAAAGAACAAUUCUUCUGGAACGCAUUCGCUCGCAGUUUCGAGAUUAUCCCUCAACAACUUUGUUACAAUGCUGGUUUGGAUGCUACUGAUAUUCUGAACAAACUCCGUCACAAGCACGCACAAGGUGAACAAUGGGCUGGAAUCAACAUCCACAAAGAAGAAGUCAUGAACAAUCUUGACGCCGGUGUCUGGGAGCCAAGUCUUGUCAAAAAGAACGCCAUCACUGCUGCUACUGAAGCUGUCUGCCUCGUUUUAUCAAUUGAUCAAACUGUGAAGAAUGCCCGAGCUCCUUCUGGAGGUCAAAUGCCCGGAUUCCCUGGACAAUAA